AUGAAGAUCUACGAAGGAGUGCAUGACUUCCACUACAAAUGGAGCUUGGUGUCGGCAGCCAAUUGGCAAAAGUACCCGAAUGAGAACUGCCCUCAUGUGAAGCACGUCGAUGUCCUACACCGUUUUGUGGAUCCAGCCACUGGUAUCCUUUACACUGAACGACUCUUUACGGUCAAACAAAACGUGCCUACAAUCAUCCUCAAGAUCCUUGGUUCAGGUACAACUCACUACGUGCGUGAAACGUCGGCUAUUGAUCCUAAAACCAAGACGUUGACUAUGAAAAGCUACAACUUGACCAUGGGCAAUCUAUUACGUGUGGAGGAGACAAUGCGCUACCGAGAACAUCCAACCGACAACAACAAGACACAAUGCUCACAACAAGCAGCCAUUUCAGCUGGAAGUCUGGUGUCUCGCUGGGGCAGUUUGCUUGAAGAAUUUACCCUGAGACGUUUUCAACAGAAUGCAGCAACCGGUCGUGAGGGUUUCAGCAAGGUCUUGGAACGAUUUGUUGUCAUGGCUGAAGCACGCUCUCCUACCAACGAGCAAAGCACAAAGUAA